AAUCACUAGAAAAAUUUCCCAAAUUCUCUGAGAGUCCUUGAAAAUCAAUUGAGAACCCCUAGAAGAAAACUGAGAGCCCCUGAAUUUUCUCAAACAGGGAAAUACGUCAGAAACGUUAUAAAACCGAUAAUAAAUUUUCGAUUAAGUUAUGAAAAUGUGAUAUCGACGAGAAGAACGUGUCACGUCACUUUAAUCGAGUGUCCAAUCACUUCCGCUUAAAAAUGCUCGAGAGUUGUACCACGUAGCACUUGACAGUGCAAAUAAAAAUUGAGGUUGUUUUACGUUAGGAAUUAUAAUAAAAAUAAAGCAUCGGCCAAUUGAAAAUAAUGCGAACACAAAUGACGUUUCGAUAUUUCAAAUUGUUUGCGGUGUUGGGAGCUGGGGGAAUUCUUGCCUGUUGCCUCAUGAUGUAUCUACUCCUGGAUUUGACGUUCUCGCCUCGAGGGAAGCUACAGAAACUGGCGAUCGAGGAGAAUCAAUGGGUGCACAUUGAAAAUAGAUUGGCGAAGCUGGAGGCCGACCUGGAUCGUCAUCACAAGGUGAUAAACACGAGAAAAGACACCUCGGACACUGAAUUGUCCCCAGGUCGACCCCAGAAUCACCACGUCCACCAGAUCGAGCCCCAGAUAAGACCUGACAAACCCCUGCAAUGCAGUUUCGACCUCCAAAAGAUCCCAGAGGUUGACAUCCAGAUGCUAGACCUCUACAGACAACUCGAGUUCGAUAACCCAGACGGUGGUGUUUGGAAACAGGGAUGGGCCCUAAAAUACGACGACAAGCAGUGGCACAAGACUCGAAAGCUCAAUGUUUUUGUUGUUCCACACUCGCACAACGAUCCAGGAUGGCUAGAGACAUUCGAGAAAUACUACAGCCAGAAGACAAACAGAAUUCUCAACAAUAUGGUGAGAAAAUUGUCAGAGGACAAGAGAAAAAAAUUCAUAUGGGCUGAGAUGUCGUUCUUCAAGCUCUGGUGGGACGAGCAGCAGAAGACGACCCAGGAGCAGGUGAAACGUCUGAUUGUGGAUGGACAAUUAGAGAUUGUAGCUGGUGGAUGGGUUAUGCCUGACGAGGCUGUCUCCCACUGGAUGGCACAGCUGGCACAGCUGACCCAGGGUCACCAGUGGCUCAAGGCCAAUCUGGAUUAUGUACCAACCACUGGGUGGGCUAUUGAUCCAUUUGGAUUAUCUCCCACGAUGCCUUAUCUCUUGAAGAACGCAGGGAUGGAGAAUCUUCUCAUUCAGAGAGUCCAUUAUGCUGUGAAGAAGAGACUUGCCAGGGACAAGAGCCUGGAAUUCAAGUGGAGACAGCUGUGGGACAACGAUGGAUCCAGUGAAUUACUCACUCACAUGAUGCCAUUCUAUAGCUACGACGUGCCUCAUACCUGUGGUCCUGAUCCCAAGGUCUGCUGUCAAUUUGAUUUCUUCAGGCUUCCAAAUUUUGGGUUGAGCUGUCCCUGGAGAGUGCCUCCCAAGGUCGUCACCAAGAAAAAUGUUGGGGAGAGGGCAGCUCUUCUCCUCGAUCAGUACAGGAAGAAGUCUCAGUUGUUCAGGUCUAAUGUCGUCAUUGCACCACUGGGUGACGACUUCAGGUACUCACAGAGUUCUGAAUGGGACGCACAGUAUGGAAAUUAUCAGAAGAUAUUUGAUUACUUGAAUUCGAAUGAUCAGUUCAACGUGAGGAUUCAAUUUGGAACGUUGACUGAUUAUUUCAAUGCCCUCAGGGAAGAGCAGAAUGUAGAGAAAUUUCCGAGCCUCUCUGGUGAUUUUUUCACGUAUGCAGACAGGGAUGAUCACUACUGGAGUGGAUAUUACACGUCGAGACCGUUUCACAAACGAUUGGAUCGAGUUCUCAUGGGGUCUCUGAGGGCAGCUGAGGUGCUUUCAUCGAUUGGUUGGGCAAGGGGUCACGAGCACCUCUCGGAGUCCGGCCUGGAGAGAAGAUUGAAUGUAGCGAGACAGUGGCACUCGCUCUUUCAGCAUCACGAUGGCGUGACAGGAACGGCCAGGGACGAGGUCGUCGUCGAUUACGCCCAGAAGAUGAUAUCAGCUCUGAAUGAUACAGCGCAUGUUCUUCAACAGUCAGCUGCACACCUUCUGAGGAGUCCCCAGGGGCCGGCCCUCGAACCCGAGUCCCAGUACUUCACACUCGAUGAGAUGAGAACUCAUCACACGAGUAUUGGUGAUAGAAUAACAAUUUCCCUGGGGGACGACGGGAUAUCCAGGAAGGUCGUGAUUUUCAAUUCCCUCCCAAGGGUGAGGACGAGAGUCCAGACUGUCAUCGUGUCUAAUCCCUACGUAAGGGUUACAGAUAGAAUGGGACAGGCUGUGGAGUGCCAGUUGUCCCCAGUCUGGGUGGGACCUGGGGCCAUCUCUGGGGCGAGAUAUGAGCUCUCAUUCCUGGUGACUGUUCCUGGUUUUGGCAUCAACACUUACUUAAUCCAUCCCCUGAAGGACUCGUCGUUGCCACCUGGUGUUCACCUGGCCAACGUCACACUCUUCAAUAAUCCCAUACCACCGAGACCUGUUCGAGGAUUUGAACACCUCCAGGCGCAGCCCUCAAGUCAGGAGUUCUCGAUAGGUGUGAGACCAGGACUCUCGGCAUCUUUCUCGAGGACGGGGCUGCUCAAAGCACUAAAAAUAGGCGAGACAACAUUCCCAGUCCACUUGGAGUUCGUGAAAUAUGGAACAACACCUCCAGGGCGACCUCAGAGUGGUGCAUACCUAUUUCUUCCUGACAAACCCGAGCCUGAUCCUGUCUACACGAUGAUGGACAGGACAAUUCAUUUAGUCACUGGACCAAUUUUAUCCCGUGUCUUCGUGGAUCUACCACAUCUCCGGCACACCUGUACUUUAUUCAACUCCCCAGGUAGCGAUGGACUGGGUCUCCACGUCUUCAACGAGGUUGACAUAUCAGAGACCCAGAAUUUCGAGCUUGCCAUGAGGCUUGACACGGAUAUCGCCUCUGGUGAUGAGUUUUUCACUGAUCUCAAUGGUCUCAACAUCAUCAGGAGACAGAGAUUUCCCAAACUUCCGACACAGGCGAAUUACUAUCCACUACCAGCUGCUGGCUACAUCGAGGACAAGAGAGUGAGACUCAGUGUCCUGACAGGACAGCCACUGGGUGCUGCCUCCAUGGCACCUGGACAAUUUGAGAUAAUGCAGGACAGGAGACUCAUGCAGGAUGAUCAGAGGGGCCUGGAGCAGGGUGUCACUGACAAUCUCAUGACCAAUCACAUUUUCAUGAUUGUCCUGGAGAAGAGAAAGGAGUGCUCCACCCCUCCAGCACCUGAAAAUCCUGCUGGGGCGCUCUCUCUGGGGGCCCAUCUCGCCUCUGAGGAACUUCUCCAUCCUCUCGCCACUAUUCAUCCUAAUCCAGUUUUUAAUAUCGAUUUUAAUGGGCAUUUCUCGGCACUGAGGUUCGAUCUGCCUGUCGAUGUUAAUAUUGUCAGUAUGAGAGUCAUCUCUGUGCCUGAUGGGGCUGGAAAGGGCGUUGGAAUGGUCCUCCAUAGACAGGCAAUCGACGACUGCUGGGGAGAGGAGGAUCUCCAUCGAUUUGGAGACAGGGCAACUGGCACAGUCGAUAUUGGAAAACUCCUCAGCUUCGUCGAGGACUGGACCAUCAGCGAGAGUCCACUGACUUUUCACAGUGUUGGACCCACUCUUAAGAGCACUAGUAUCAAUAUCUGUCCCCAUCAGAUAUCAUCAGUCUUAUUUCAUAAGACACAAUCCUAGGUUUCGCUAGGAAUUCUUUAGGGCUUUAGAUUCUCUGUGAGAAAAACCAAAAGGCUCUCGUAAUCUUGUUAGAAUCAGGCCAAUUGUUUGUUGAAAAUUAAAAAAAAAAA